UCAAUAAUGCAACAAAAACUAGAAUAAUCAAGCAAACAAAUGGGAUCUCCGGUUAUUACAUUUCUGCUGCUAUUCUUUGCAAACCUUUUGGUCUUGGGAGCUUCUUCAGCUCAGGAUCACAACCAACAUUUUCUUCAAUGUCUAACCGAUCAAUUUGAACGCUCAAAUUCAGACCCGUCCAACGUUGUUAACUCUCCCAAAAAUGCAUCAUAUGCAUCCCUUUUGCAAGCACAAAAUCUUCGCCCGGAAUCAACCUCCCCCCUGAGACCCCUUCUCAUCAUCACCCCGUUUCAUGAACAUGAAAUUCAAGCAGUAAUUUACUGCUCCAAGAAACUCGGUACGCAGAUCAGAGUCCGAAGUGGUGGGCAUGACUAUGAAGGACUUUCCUACACUUCUGAGAUCCCUUUCAUCAUCUUAGACAUGAGGAAUUUCCGAUCGAUAUCAGUAAACACUAAAGAUAAAACUGCAUGGGUUGAAGUAGGCACCACUCUUGGGCAAUUGUACUAUACAAUUGCUCGACAUAGUAGGACUCUUGCUUUCACUGCAGGCGUUUGCCCAACCGUGGGCAUUGGAGGCCAUAUCUCUGGCGGUGGAUACGGCAUGAUGUCCCGCAAGCACUCCAUUGCUGCCGAUCACAUCAUUGAUGCCAAAGUAAUGAAUGCUGAUGGCCAUAUUGUGGACCGGAGGUCUAUGGGAGAGGAUCUAUUCUGGGCCAUUCGAGGAGGCGGGGGUACUAGUUUCGGCGUAGUACUAGCAUUUAAGUUGGAGCUAAUCACUGUUCCCAAAACGGUAACUGUUUUCAACGUCUCCAGAACGCUGGAACAAAAUGCAACACACCUCGUGCACAGGUGGCAAUAUAUUGCUGAUAAGAUUGAUGACAAUCUUUUGCUCAGGCUUUUCUUGAGAAGUAUCAGGUCCCCGGUACAUGGAAACAGGACGAUACAAGCUUCUUUCACUUCUUUGUAUCUUGGUCGAGUUCACGAUUUGCUACCAAUCAUGCAAGAGAAAUUUCCAGAACUUGGGUUGGUGGAAGAAGAUUGUAUUGAAAUGAGUUGGAUAGAGUCCAUACUCUAUUUUGCAGGUCUAAGAAACGAAUCCCUUGACAUUUUGUUGAGCAGAACUCCGGCGGGCAUAUUUGGUAGUAAUUAUUUCAAAGGCAAAUCUGACUACGUGAGACAACCCAUACCUGUGAGUGGACUAAGAGGAAUAUGGAGAUUUCUGCAUGAAGAAGCUGAAAAUAGGGCUGAAUUGCAGUUCAGUCCAUAUGGAGGGGCACUCAGUACUUACUCAGAAUUUGAAACUCCUUUUGCACAUAGAGCAGGCAAUAUAUUCAUGAUCCAUUAUGGGGUUUCCUGGACCAGACCAGGAAACAGUGAAUUAGAAAGGCACAUGAACUGGAUUAGGAGACUUUACAGCUAUAUGGCCCGUUACGUAUCGAAAAAUCCUAGAGCGGCUUAUUUCAAUUACAGGGAUCUUGACUUAGGAAUGAAUAACGAAGGAAACACAAGCUACGCACAAGCCAGUGUUUGGGGGCUCAAAUACUUCGGGAACAACUUCAAUCGAUUGGUUCGUGUGAAAACUAAAGUCGAUCCCUCCAACUUUUUCAGAAAUGAGCAAAGCGUUCCGCCUCUAUAUUCAUGAUGGAAGAAAGAUAUUCAUCGUUGGUCAUCAUAAGACCUAAUUUACAUAAUUAAUGAAUAAGUUUGUUCCCUCGUAAAAUGGUCUGAAUUAAGUAUUGAAUUAAUUAAUAAAUAAAACAACCACAUAUGGUUGAUCAUAUUUAGAAUUUAGUGGUGGUCUUGUCAUGUUUGUUGUAUAUAUGAAUUUUUAUAGUACCAUUAUUAAUAUUAUUUUGAUUGUUGUUAUUUUU